AUGACUGCCACCGGUUUGAACAUGCUUGAACAUCAGAUGAAAUUUCAGGUGAUACCAAAUGAUGUUAAAAGGACAUGGAAUGAGCACGUCCUACAAGUAUUGGUUCCCACCAGCCUUAUUUUGCAGAUCAUCUUAAGUAUUUUAGGAAACCUUCGGAAAUACAAUCCAAAGACUAUAAUCAGAAUCACUCUUUGGUGUGUUUACUUUUUGGCUUACGCCAUUGUCCCAGUGGCCCUUAGUAUUACUGCCCAAAGUGCCUUGGAAUCAUGCAACAAAUCUCAUCCUGCUUCAAAACAUCACAGAUCCAACACACGUGAGCUCAUGGGUUUUUGGGCACAGUUUCUCUUUCUUCACCUUGGUGGUGCAGACACCAUUACUGCUUACUCCUUGGAAGACAACGAUCUUUGGUUAAGACAUUUGGUUUUUCUUCUGUUCCAAUCAGGAGUAGCUUUAUAUAUCCUUUUGUUGUCUUGGCCAGGUUGUUCUCAUCUCCCCCUGCUAAGCAUACUGGUUUAUGCAUCCGGUUGCAUCAAGUGUUUUGAACGUGUUCAGGCUCUAAGGUUAGCAAACACUGAGCAUCUCAGAGAGACAAUGCUUGGUCCUGCUGACCCGGGUCCUGAUUAUGUCAAAUUCCUGGAGGAAUUUCUGUUGAAAAAGUCACAGGGUUUCAUUGUGAAGGUUGAGGAGGUUUUGGAGAAUGCUCUUCCAACUAUUCGUGCAUAUUCCCAAACUGGGCGUGAAGAAAUAUUCGAAGCAUACAAUCUAUUCCAAACAUUCAAGCGUCUUUUUGUUGGUCUUAUACUCACAUACGAAGAUAGGGAUAGAAGCACAUCGUAUUUUCAGCAUCUUGAUUCAGCUUGUGAAGUUUUCCGUGCUGUGGAGAUUGAACUUGGAUUUUGA